GAUCAAAGCUAUGAAUGGUGACCAUAAAUGUUCUAGGCAGUUUAAGUUUGGAUCCAUUGUGUCCCCUGAAUGGAUUGGAAGACAUUAUGUGACUGAAAUUGCAAAUAAGCCAAAGAUGAAACUUCAGGAAAUGAUUGAUGACAUCAGACAAAGGUAUAGGUGUGUGGUAUCUAUAGGACAGGUUAGAAGGGCAAGGAAAUGGGCCAAAAAUUUAAUAGAAGGUAAACUCACUGAGCAUUAUGCAAGGAUAUGGGAUUAUGCCCAUGAAUUGUUAAGGUCAAACCCGGGGUCCACAUGUCAAGUUGGUGUAACAACCAAUCCAGAUGGAAAGAAUUAUUUUCACAGGUUUUACAUUUGUUUCAAAGCACUAAGUGUUAGCUGGAAAAGAGGAUGUAGGAGAGUAAUUGGGCUUGAUGGGUGCUUUCUAAAGGGGCAGGUGAAGGGUGAACUGCUAACAGCCAUUGGUAGAGAUGCCAACAACCAGGUUUAUCCAAUUGCUUGGGCUGUUGUUGAUGUGGAAAAUAAGUCCAACUAGACUUGGUUCCUUGAGCUACUCAGUGGUGAUCUAGACCUUAUUGAUGGAAGGGGCUUGGUAGUUAUAUCAGAUCAACAUAAAGGUUUGUUGCAAUCUGUUAAAGAUAUAUUGCCACAUGUGGAGCACAGGCAAUGUGCCCGACACAUAUAUGCAAAUUUUAGAAAAGCUUACACUGGCUUGGAGUUCAAGAAGCUGUUUUGGGCUGCAGCUAUGAGCUGUGUGGAAGGUGAUUUCAAGAGACAUAUGGACAAAAUUAAAAAGCUCAAUCCUGGUGCAUAUGAUCAUCUAAUGUCCAAAGAACCUGAAACAUGGUGUAGAGCUUACAUGAGUACAGGGUAUGCAUGUGAGGCAGUGGAGAAUGGUAUAUCAGAGUGCUUCAACUCCAUCAUUGUGGAUGCUAGGAAAAAACCAUUGAUCACAAUGCUUGAAGAAAUAAGGAUAUACAUCAUGGAUAGGUUUGCUCACAUGAUUGAGGAAAGCACUAAAUGGAAUACCCGUAUAUGUCCAGCAGUGUUAAAGAAGAUGAAGCUUUUUGGGAAGAACAUGAGGUUUUGGUUAAUAAUUCAUAGUCAACAACAUGUGUUUGAAGCAAGGAGAGGAUGUGAUAGCUACAUGGUGGAUUUAGAUGGAAGGCAUUGUACCUGCAGGUUAUAGGAUCUGGCUAGGAUCCCAUGUGUUCAUGCCAUUGCAACUAUCAACUAUAUCCAUCAAACACCUGAUGAGUAUAUUGAUGACAUGUUUUCCAAGGAACAAUUCCUUAAGUGUUACUCUGCUAACAUUAGUCCAGUAAAUGGUUCUAAUCUAUGGCCUCAAACUGAAUUCAUAAAGCCAUUGCCACCAGUGUCAAGGAGAAUGACUGGUAGGCCAAAGGUCAAUAGAAGGAGACAUGUAACUGAAAAUGAUGGAAGAGUACACACCCCAAGAACUGUAAGGUGUGGUAAGUGCUUUGAGUAUGGCCAUAACCAGAAGGGAUGCAAGAAUGCAACCAGGGAACCUGUCCUAAUGCCACCAAAGAAGAAAGGAAGGCCAAGGAAGGAACAAUGUGAACCCAGUCAAGCAGCAUGUGAUAGGUCUGAGAGGCAGGAACCUGUCCCUAUGCCACCAAAGAAGAAAGGAAGGCCUAGGAAGGAACAAUUUGAACCCAGUCAAGCAUCAUGUGAUAGGUCUGAGAGGCAGGAAGCAGUUCCUAUGCCACCAAAGAAGAAAGGAAGGCCAAGGAAAAAGGUCCAAUCUGACCCAAAUCAAGCAUCAGGUUCUAAAUCUGUUAAAAGCAAAAAGAAGUUGGGGAUAAAAAAAGGUGUUGGCAUUGUGGAAGAUAGAGUUCUACUUGAUGAACAUGAUGGUUUAGAUGGUCAUGUUGAAGGUAGGGGAUGUGAGGAACAAGUGAAAGAUUUGUUUGACAAAGAAGAUAUUGAUGAUGACAGUUUGGUUGAUAUGAUGUGCACUUUUGAAGCUUCUCUUAGCCAAUCAAAGGAUAAUUAUCAGAAAGGUGAUGGAUUCCAAGAUGCAAUGGAUGCUAUUAUUCAAAGUAUUCUUCAUGCUAAUGAUGACAGAGGUGUUGAGGAUGUUGAACCUGACCUGACAAAAACACUUGAUGAGGUUGAAGAUGCAAUGGAUGCUAUUCUUACAGGUAUUGAUCAAAAAAGUCAAUCUGAGAAUGAGGAUAAUCUUGAACCUGAAUUCACUGAAGAAAAUGCAAGUGAUGUUCUCCCAGAGAUGGUGAUGCUAGAUCUAGAAAGUGUAGCAGACCUACUUGGGGCAGGAUAUAGCAUGGCUGAAAUAGAGAGCUUGAGAGGGUUCAAAGUUGAGUUGGAUGAUAUGCCAACAGUUGAGAUGGAUGUGAAUGAAGUUGAGGAUAUUCCAUAUGUUGAUGGUGUGAUGGAAGGUAAUGAAGAUGAUGGUCUUAUAAAUGAGGGUGUGGAGGAAAAUGAGGGUGAUGGUGAGGGUGAUGAUGCUGAUGAAGUAGCAGGUGAGGGUGAUGGUGAUGGUGCUGGUGAGGGUGAUAGAGAGGGUGAUGGUGCUGGUGAUGAUGAAGAGGGUGAUGGUGAUAUUGAGGAUGAAGGUGCUGGUGCUGGUGAGGAUGAUGCAGCAGAUAUGGAGGGAAAUGAUGCUGAUGAUGAAGGGCAUGUACCACCUAGAAGGACAAGAAAGCCCUCAGAAAGGAUCAUCCUGCAAAAGCUGAAGAAACCUUGUUUUGACAAAGAUGGAAGGGGUUCCACAUCUAGCUAUCCAGUAGAUUUGGAGUAGUUACCUAGGUAUAUGGGGGCAAAAGUGGGGAUGGUAUCAUUGGGCAAUUGUAUAGGUAACCCUUUUUUGUUAUUU